AUGCAAGCGCAAGUGGCCAUGCUGGCCGAGAGAGCUCAAGCCAUGACGCAGGACACAGCGCCGGCUAUACCCGCGGCAAGUCCCGCCAGCCAGCUCCCGAGCAAUGUGGGCAGCCUGGGACACCCCCAGCUGUGCCGGCGGCCUUGUAUUCUUUUCGCUCGAUGCGACUGCCAACAGGAAGCCUGUAGCUGGUGCAAUGGGCAUCACCCGGCGAGGCCUGCCUCUUUUGACAAGGUAGAGCGAGACCUGGUGGCCUCCAUGUCCGAGCCGAUGCUGCUCACGAUGAUUCUCCCACACCUGCGGAGGUGUGUUCAGGUGAGCCCUCAAUUGCAGCGCCUGGUAGAGCUGGUGGAGCGAGAGUACGCUCUGCGGGGCUGCAGCACCUUGUUUGUGCCGGAGAGGUUGCGCCAGCUGGACAAGAUCUUUGCCAAGAUGACCGUCACAGGCUUGGUGGGGAGCAUCGCAAGGAACUUCUGUGGCUGCCUGCAUCAGCUCAUGAAGGGUUGCCUGGAAGAGCUGCGCAACGAGCUCCAAUAG